UCCUGCAAUUUCUGGUCGGCCUUUGCACUCCUGGGCAGGGUUGCUUCUCUCUCCGUGCAGACAGAAUGGAGACUGGGGUGUUGGCUGAAGAGCUGACCUGCAGUGUGUGUCUGGGGUUGUUCCAGGACCCUGUGGCAUUACCCUGCCAGCAUAGUUUCUGUGCCAAAUGCAUCAGUGAUGUCUGGAACCAUUUAGGAACUCCGAACAGAGUCAGCUGUCCUCAGUGUCGCAGAAUGUUCAACCCCAGACCCAGCCUGGUGAAAAACCACACACUGCAGAACAUCGUGGAGAAAUACAUCCAGAGCCAGGCUGCCACAGCUGCUGCUACUGCCACAGGUGCCCAGUCGGCCACCGUGAUGUGUGAGUACUGCAUCGACACCCCAACCCCAGCUGUGAAGACCUGCCUCAAAUGCGAAACCUCCUUCUGUUCCCCCCACCUGCAACCGCACUUGACCAAGCAGAUUUACAAAGAGCACAGUCUGAUCGAGCCCAUUGCUGACCUCACAAGAAGGCAGUGCCCAAGUCAUAAGAAGGUCCUUGAGUUCUACUGUGAGCAGGACAAGGAAUGUGUGUGCGUAUCCUGUACCAUCAUAGGGAGUCACAAGUCCCACACUCUGGUGAGUCUGGAGAAGGCACGGGACAAGUUAAAGUGGGAACUGAAGGCAGAGGUGGGGAAGCUUCAAACAAUUCAGAACAAUUGGACAAGUGAACGUCAGAAGCUGAAGGAUUAUGAAAGUGAAAUUAAGAAACACAGUAAGGAGCUGAAGGGAAAACUGUCAAAUGAGUUCUCCAAUUGGAGGAAGCAGUUGGAAGAAGAUGAAAAGUCGGCACUAAAGCUGAUCGAUGAGGAGGAGAAUCGAGUGCUCUCCAAGAUCAAGAGCUUCUCUGAUUCAAUGGGGGAAAAGAUUGAAAAAAUUCAAAUAAUAGACAAGGAAGCCCAGAAUCAAGAGCGCAAGGAUCCUUUCUCCUUUGUUCAGGAUGUGAAGCAGCUUCUUUCAAGGUGCUCAAAACUUGCUAAUGACACACUAGUCUCAGGAGGCACUGCGUGUAACAGUUUCAAUAACUUUGGCUAUGUGGAUCACUAUCAACCCUACAAUCCGGCUGCCAGACCCUCACAACAUUAUUAUGAAGAUUUCAACACAGAAGUUGAUGCGUGGAACAGUUACUCACAAUUUGGCUACGUGAAUCCAAGUCAAACCUUCAUGCAGACUCUCGGAACCUCACUAUCUCAGGAUAUCACCGUAAACUUCUCCAGACUCACCAGUGUGAUCCAAAAUCAGAUGGCUGGAUAUGAAAACUACCAGAGAAACAUAACCGGCGCUAUCAAUGAAAAAUCUCGUCAGUUAAGCUGUUACAACCAAACUGCCAAAUGUAACCAACCCAACGACAAUUACCUUUGGUAACAUUCAACUAUGUAAGGAAAAAAUCAGAGUUUCUUGGUAUACUUAUGUGUGUGUGUGGUGCGCUGUGCCUUUUGUCAGGGUGUAUUGAAUGUUUGCAGCACAGGUUUGACCAAAUAAGUGAGGAGGGAUAUUUGUGUGAUCCACAGUAACUGGCUGUAAUCUCUCUGGACACCUACUGCUCCUGUUGCUUCAUUUCAGCACAGUGCACCUCCAACAGGGAUUGGGAGGUCACUGACAGUAAAUCUGUGGGCCUGCUUCCUGUCCAGUCUUUCCCUUUCUUAGGAAGUGUUAUUGCACCUUAUUGCACUGCACUUUCUCUGUAGCUGUGACACUUUACUCUGUACUGUUAUUGUUCUUACCUGUACUACAUCAAUGCACUCUGUACUAAGCCAUUGUAACUGCACCGUGUAAUGAAUUGACCUGUACGAUCGGUAUGCAAGACAACUUUUUCACUGUACCUCAGUACAAGUGACAAUAAUAAACCAAUACCAAUGCCAGUCCUUCAGCUGCAAGGAUGACUCACAGUCUUAGUCCAAUGGCAAUGUCCAAUACAAUUGGAAACCAGGUUCUGCUGCACAGACUGCGCAUGCACGCACGCACAUGCGCACGCACGCACGCACACACACACACACGCAUAGGUGCACACACACAUACAUACACCCCACACAUGCACACAAAGCAUAGGCAUCCACAGACAUACACUGUACAUACACAAAGUACAGACACACACAUACACAUGCAGAAACACACACACAUGCAUGCAGAAAUACACACACAUACACACAAAGCACAGACAUCCACAGACACAUACAUGCAGAAAAUUCAGACACACACAAACGGCAGCUUGGUCGAAAGUGAUGGACUUUAGAGGAGAGAGAGGUGGAGGGACAGAGUUUUACCAGGCGAAUUAUUGAGCUAAGGGCUUUCACAACAGCAAAUACAGCUGCCAAUGGUGGAGCAACCAAAUUCCAUAGUGGGUAGAGAGCUUGGAUCUCACUUGUAGGACUUCAAGAAGUUUCAAGAACUGGAGAGGUGUUACUAUGAAUACAUAGGGUGAUAGAGUAAUACAGCAUGGAAACAGGCCCUUUGGCCCAACUGGUCCAUGCUGACCAAGAUGCCCAUCUAAGCUUGUCCCAUUUGCCUGUGUUUGGCCCAUAUCCCCCUAUAAACCUUUCCUAUCCAUGUACCAGAUGUCUUUUAAAUGUUGUAAUUGUAGCUGCCUCUAUAGCCUCCUCGAGGAGCUCGUUCUUUGUACCCACCAACUUCUGUGAGGGAAUGAGAAGGAAGAGAAUGUUUAAAUAACCCAAAUAAACUUUUAAUAAAUCCAAUAGACUUGCUAUUCAAAGAUAUUGGUAAAUUGGUUUAUUACUGUCACAUGUACCAAGUCGUGGGCACGCUAUGUUUGCGCUGGAAGCGUGGCGACACUUGCGGGCUGCCCCCAGAACACACCACGCAAAAUGCAUUUCACUGUGUGUUUCGAUGUACAUGUGACUAAAAAGAAAUCUUAUCUUAUUUAUCCAGUGAAAAACUUUGUUUUGCAUGCCAUUCACAAAGAUCAUUUCAUUAUGUCAGUACAUCGAGGUAGUACAAAGGAAAACAACAACAGGAUGCAGAAUAAAGUGUUACAGUGACAGAGAAAGUGGAUUGCAGGCAGGUAAUAAGGUGCAAGGCCAUAAUGAGGUAGAUUGUGUGGUCAAGAGUCCAUCAUAUUGUGCUAGGGAUCCGUCAAUAGUAUUAUAACAAUGGGAUAGAAGCUGGCUUUAAGCCUGGUGGUACGUGCUUUCAGGCUUUUGUAUCUUCUACCCAAUAGAAGGGAAGGAGAAGAGAGAAUGUCCGGGGUGGGUGGGGUCUUUGUGUUGGUUGCUUUACCGAGGAAGCGAGAAGUGUAGACAGAUUAACAAAUGAUAAACAAAUCAUUAACUUUACAGUAAUCUUGAAUAAUAAACUUAAUCUCUGCCUUACAAAUACUAAACUAUUGCAGCUAUCUGACUUAUUCAUAUAACUUUUUGGAGUCUCUAUCGAUGCUGCCUGCUACUGAAAUAAAUGCUGCCAAUUAUCUCAUUGACCCUUAAUAAAGAAAUGUUAAUUUUGA